UUUGUUUAUUUACUUCUCAUCUCACGAUCUUAUUUUUCAAAUUUCAAUUAAUUAUAUUAAAUAGUAACAGAAAUGGAUACAUCUAAUUUAUGUAGAAGUUGUAUGAAAGAAGUGUCGUCGUGGGAGAAAGAGAAUUUCGAUCUUAGAGCUGUUGAAAUGUUUUGCUUUUGCACAAAUAUAGCGAUCACAGAAAACGACAAGCUUCCAAAACAAUUCUGCUACGACUGUGUCAUUAAAAUAGAAUCAGCAUUCACAUACAUAACUGAGGCUCACAAAGUUGAUGCAACACUCAAGAACAUAAUCUCUAGAACUGACACCAGCAUUAUUGUAGAACCAGAGACACUCUCCAGGCCGAAAGACAACCUCAAACUCACUUUACCUGACUACAAAGUCAGUGUGGCCGUAGACAAUUAUGAUGAGCAUGUUUUAUUUGACAAUAUUGAUUUGCCGGCCAGUGAUAACAAUGUAAUUAUUGAAAAGUCUUUAGAAGAAAUAGAUCUUAUUCCAAAUACUGAAAUGGAAAUAAAAGAUACAAGUAAUGAAAUAGUGCAAGAGAAGGUGGUGGUGGAGGAAUCUAAAAAGAAUAUAUGUCCUGUAUGUCGGAAAGCUUUUACCUCAAAGACUUGGUUUGAUAAGCAUAUGAAGAAGGAGCACACAGAUCAUAAAUAUGCUUGUGCACAUUGUCCUAAAACAUUUUCCAAAGCGUCCCUCCUGUCGGACCACGCGGCAUCGCACUCAGAAGAGCGCAAGUUCGCGUGCUCGGCGUGCGGCAAGCGCUUCAAGCGCCGCAAGCAGCUCGCCUGCCAUGCGCGCGCGCACGGAGACGCCAGGCCUUAUGCUUGCGAUAAGUGUAGUAUGAGGUUCAAAAUAAAAAGUAUACUGAAAUCCCAUAUGAAGGUGCACGACGGUGAUAAGCAGUAUCUAUGCUAUUUUUGUGGAUGGAGCUUCGCACAAGCUGGCAACUUAGAAGUUCACAUGCGCAAACACACAGGCGAGAAGCCGUUCCGCUGCAACGAGUGCGGGUUCCGCGCGGCCGUGUCGUCCAACCUGCGGCGCCACCAGCGACAGCAUCAGGCCGCCAGGACAUAUGUCUGCAAACACUGCAAUAAAGGCUUCUAUGACGCCAGUGGACUGGCUCGUCACGUCCGUACCCACACAGGCGAGUUACCGUACCAGUGUCCAGGCUGUGCGCGAGCAUUCGCCGACAGCUGGAAGCGUAAGACGCACCUCAUGCGAGCACACCGCCUCGCGCUGCACGACAUACCGCGCAUGCGCAGGGACGGACGCACCAUACACUGAACUGUGCAGCAUUUGAAGACGACAAUUUAAUAUAAACCUUAACUGCGUUGACAUACGGUCUACAAAAGAAUAAUUUCGCAUUAGCCGCUCAAACUACCAAAAGAACUAUGUCCUUGUGCAGUGUGUGUAGAUUAAAGUGUAGGGCGUUUCUGGAUAGGCUACAAUUUUGUGCAAUAUGUGGCUACAUCACAGUGACCACCAAAGACGGCAACAUUGUAACCGAGCGACCGGAGCGGUC